CAUUGUUGAAUCUUCAUUACUGCUCCACAUUAUUUCUAUAUAUACUUGGUUUCAUGGAACGUUUUGUUAAGGGUAUCAUUUUAGGAAAAAUUUAAAGAAAUCAGUGACUUUUCUUAUGGAGCCAAUAUCUAAGGACGACGUGUAUGGAGGUUUCUCUACAGUUGAAAACUGCGACAGUUCAAUGCAGUGCGAUAAUAGCUUACUUUUUGGAGACUUGCAACUUUCACCUAUAACUUCUUCCGUCAAACCAUCCCCAGCAAAGUCCAAUGUGGUUGAUAGCAGUAUCACCUCUGAGUCUUUCUUCCCUUUAGCUUUACAGUGUUCCUGGUUUAAUUCUCCGGAUGAUGAGUUGGAUGAGGAUACUAUAGGGAACAAAUAUAUCUUGGAUCCUGGCUUAACCCCAGAAAGGCCUAAUAGAGAUACAUUUUUUUCUAUUAACAGCGUUACUCCAAUACAUCAAAUGACUUUUGGCUCUCCUUUCUCUAAGCAUGCCCAUGUACAAAGCUUUUCAUAUAGAUCUUUCUCUAUAAGUGGCAGCAAUGAACUGGAAUCAGCUCGAGCCAAAUUGAAUCAAAUUUUUGAAGAAACUCCAACAGAUGACAAUUAUGACGAAACAAUCGAAGAAACGUUUUCCUCUUUGCGUAAGAGCAAUUCAAGUCCGAAUGAAUUGAGAGCUUUUGAUUUUUCAAAACUUCAUACAGAUGAGAGGCACUUCUUGAAACGCAAUAUCACCUUGAGAUGGAAGAGAAAACAGGCUUUGGAAGCCUCAGAAGGCAACAAAUCCUUGAGAGAGACAGAACACAAGCAAACCUGUGUGGAAUCUCGACGAACAACAAGUUCCACAGAGUCGACCGAGCGAGACAAUCCGUGCAACGUGCAAUUCAAAGACGAACUAGAUCUCUUUGAUAGCAGUACACCAGAUCUUGAGUCAAGUUCCUCUUCUAUUCUCGAAGAUGCGUCAGGUUCAACUCCAUUUUUGAUUGAAAACAGCACAUCUUACAAUUACCGGAGAACGAGACAGCCGUUGCUUACUCUCAACAACAAAUUGAACGUUGGAAGCAAUCCGUGCAACUGCAAAAGAAGUCAGUGCCUUAAAUUAUACUGUGAAUGUUUCGCUUCGGGCUCUUACUGCACAAGCAAGUGCAAGUGUAACGGCUGCAAAAAUAAUGGAGAUAAUGCUAAUCAUGUCAAAACUGCAAGGGAACGUACUCUUGAACGCAAUCCUCGUGCUUUCUCUCCAAAAAUAUCGGAAUCUACUGCUGCUGUUACGGAAGAAGGGCAGGUGUUGCGCGUUGCAGCCCAUCACCGAGGCUGUAACUGCAAAAGGUCCAACUGUAGAAAGAAAUACUGUGAAUGCUUCCAAGCGGGAGUUCCUUGCGGUGAUAAUUGCAAGUGCGUUGACUGCAAAAACCAAAGUUCUCUUAGUUUGCUGAAAAACACAGCCAUGUAAAUGAAUAUGUUUUGGGAUGUCACUUGUA